AUGUCUUUCACGGAGACAAUUCGUCUGAAAUUAUACUGGAAUACUACUUAUACAACUGAACCUGAUGGGACUAUCACGGUACAGCGGGAUGCGCCGGACGGUUAUCUUAUCAUUGAUCGUAUGUUAGAUUUCUCGGAACUUGUUGAUAAGGUAUUAAGUGUGAUCGGAGUUGAUAGAGAAAGGCUGUAUAUUGAUUUUUCUUUGGUAUGGACGGAGAGGUCAGGAAAAAGGUCUCGUGUGCACAUUAAUGAUGAUAAUACUAUUCGGUUCAUUUAUCUUUGUGCUGAUAAAUGGCCAGAAUUGUACCAUGAAAAAGUUGAGAGAACAGGCCAUGUUUAUGCAAGUACAUCUGGCCAGGAUAUUGGUGCCAGCACUAGUGGUGGUAGAACAGUUGAAGACAAUGAAGAUGGAGAUGAAGAUGGAGAUGAAGAUGAAGAUAAAGAUGAAGAUGCAGAUGAAGAUGAAGAUGUCGGGGGUGUCAAAAGCAGUGAUGAUGAGUACGUCCCAUCGGAUGAGGACUCAGAUGACGACACUGAUUUUGAGUCAUCUUCUUCAGUCCCAUAUGUUUUCGACGACAUAAGUGGAUGGGACAAGACUUUAGAGGAAGUAGAAAACGAUGGAAUUAAAAUGUGGGAUGGCAAUCCGUUGACGCUAGGCCUUGAUAUACAUUUCGCCAACAAGCCUGAGGCACAAGCGGCAGUGGGAGAAUGGAACUUGGUACAUGGUCGGACUUUCCGGGUGAAAACGAGCUCUAAACGAACAUGGUAUGUCGAAUGCAAGACGUGUGGACCUAAAUAUCCGAAAGAGCGCCUUCACGGCUAUGAUUGUCUGUGGAAGGCGCGAGUUUCGCUACAGAAGGCCACCGAUACUUGGAAAAUGGUGGUAUGGUCUGAUUCCCACAACUGUCUUGGGGCAAACAAGAGAAACGAGUCCCGAAAUGUCACGUCUUCUAUGAUUGCUAGACUGGUUGCCCAAAAUGUGCGAAAACAUCCAGAUUUUGCAGUUGCCCAAAUUCAAAUAGAAGUGAUGAAGAGGUACCAAGUCGAAUGUAGCUACAAAAAGGCAUGGCAUGGUAGAAGAAAAGCACUUGAGGCUCUGUAUGGUACAUGGGAAAGUAAUUUUCAACAAUUGCCCAGCUUCCUCGAUGCAUUGUUCAUGUCAAACCCGAACACUUGUGUGCAAUUCAAGUUUAAGGAAAAUUCAGGAAGCUCACAAAGGCCGACGAAGCAAGUUGUGCUGUAUGCAAAUCGAGAGUGCACUUGCGGAAGGUGGCAGACUUUCAGAUUUCCUUGUUCCCAUGCACUUCGAGUUGCCCGUGAGCUAGGUGACGAUCCCUUCCCACUUUUUGAUCCAUGUUACACUACGCAUCAAUGGUACCAACAGUUUUCUGGAGAAUUCAACCCAAUCAUGGAACCAUGGCCAAAGGCAACGUGGCAGAUCAGGCCAGAUGACACUAAACUUGUCCACCAUGCUGGCCGAGGUCGGAAGCGUGUGAAUCGGAAAAAAGGUGUGAUGGAUUAUACAAGCAAAUCUGGCCAGCGAAGACUCCAAACUUGCAGUUUAUGUAAGCUACAAGGCCAUAAUGCCAGGGCUUGCCCAUAUGCGAGAGUUUGCGCACGAUGUGGAAGUUUAGAUCAUGAUGCUGUCGAAUGCCCUUUUUCUCAUCCACCUGCUGACAGGACCGGUAUUGAUAAACUGUAUGAUCCAUAUGGAAUUUAUGCCAUGGACAUUGGAUCAUCUUCUUCCUCCCAAUCUACCUCAAAGAAGCUACGGCGAGGACCCGAGACAGUAGUUUGUUGUUUCUCCAAAACGCCCAUAGCCUAUUUGGAGAGGAUGUUUGGAUUUAGGUUCCAGACAGAGGAGUCUAGAUUGACGAGUGUUUCCAUCACUGAAAUAAAGACUCACAUAGAGAAUAAUCCUUUGACGGACCUGUCCCCUGACGAUGCACACCUACAGCGAGCCCGUUGUUUUGUUGGAUGGCUCGUUGGCGGAUUACUGUUCUCAAACACUACGAGAAACAGUUUUCCUCUCGAUCUUGUGCAUUUUCUUCAUACUCCCGAGAUUUGCUCGGAGUACAGUUGGGGUAGUGCGGCACUAUGUUACUUGUACCGCAGCAUGUCCAAGUCAUCUCUGGCCGCUUCUGCCAAGGCUAUUACCGGCUGUGUGAUUCUUCUUCAGCUCUGGGCCUGGGAGCGGAUUUUGACGGUUCAGCCCAAGAUACUGGGUGGGGAUCUCGAUCUAUCUGAUUGUCCAUUGGGCACGAGGUGGUCCCGCGAGAAAAAAGUUCAAGGUAUCACGCGGUUCAAUUUGGCCGCGUACCGGGAUCAGCUUGCAGUUCUCGCAGAGUCUGAUUUUGUGUGGAUGCCGUACACGACUCUUUUGGGUCGUAUUGCCAGGGUUUGUCUUGUGGGACAGGGCAUAUGGCGAUCUCAGACAUGGCUCAUCUGCGGUGAUGUCGUUGCGCCACACAACCCCAGUAGGGUAUUUCGCCAAUUUGGUUAUCACCAGCGGAUACCCGGCGACGCAUUACUUCUCACUGCGGCGGAAAUUACUAGCCUGCUCAAGAGGAAGCCGUUUGGAGGAUCCGAUAGGAGAUGGUUACAACAACUAGGGAUAUAUCUCCAGGGUGAGGAUGAGGCUGAGGAUGAGGAUGAGGAUGAGGAUGCUGACCAGGAUGAUCAGUUUGAGGGUCAGGGUUAUCAGCGCCAUGAGGAGCAGGGAUCGAGUCAGAUUCUAGGGACUCCACCGUUGGCUGUGAGUAAAGGCCAGAGAGUGAUGAAGGAGCCCGAUAGAUUGACUUAUAGCCUUUUUCGGGCUAAAAAGCCCAAGAAGAAGUAG